CUGCUGCUGCUGUCAUCAUCGCUGCUCCAAAAAAGCCCCAAGCCCCAAGUCUACGCAACUGUUUGUUUUUUGCCUUAAAUUCGCGCGGAGCUGGCCAAAUUUCGGUGACAGUGGUGCCCGCCAACAGGCAGAGCCUUAAAGAAGUGCAACAAGUGGCUUAACUCGCUUUUUACAACGAUCCCCAGUGCCUUACACCGACAACGUACUCACACCAAUACGAAUCUACCUGCCCAACCAAUCGCGCGAGUGUGUGUGCGUGUGUCUGUGAGAAACAACAAAAACAACAACAAGUUGCUGCUUUCGUCGCAGUUUCCGAGAGUGUGUGUCUGUUAAAUUACGCCAAAAAAAUGUUAAUUAAUGCUUAAUUUAAUUAACAAUAGCCCUGCGAGUCGAUCAAAAGAGUGAGCGUGAGCGCGAGACAGCGCUUAAGAUAGAGAUCUGAUCAGAUCUUUGAGAAAAUAUCCCCAACGCGAGGAUCUGUAUCGCGUAUAACCCAUAAGUCUGGCUUAUAAAUAUAGAUUACAAGUGCACUUAAGCAAACGAGCAACAAUAAAUAAAUGAACAAAUAAAACGACUACAGCUACAGAUAAGCAACUCAAGUCAACUCAACUCAAGUCAACGGCUACGUGACGUACUAUAUUUGCUUAUCACUAAUUCAGGAGAUAGAUAGACCCACCGACUAACGCGACCACCGAGGGACAGGCCCCAGGCUAGUGACAAUACAAUGGAGUCCAUGGAGUACGAGAUGGCACGCAAUAUGACGCUGCUGUUCUUCCUGGAGCGCCUACUCGACAAGGGUGAGCCGCGCACCGUGCACGAUCUGUCCUGUCAGUUUGGCAACAAGGAGUUCACCAAGGAAAUGCGCCAAAUAGCCGGCGGCAGUCAAUCGGGUCUGAAGAAAUUUCUCGCCCAGUAUCCAUCAAUAUUCCUCGUGGAUGGGGACUAUGUGCAGGUGAAUGCCUACCAGCACAGCAAUGCGGACGAUGGCGGGGCAGGCGGCAAGCGUGAUUACAUUCAAGAGGCUAAAGACUACUUCAAGAACAAGAUGCUGCAGUAUGGUGCGGCGGCCGAGGUGCCGGUGCGCAGUCUGCUCGGGCAUCGGUCGCAGGCAUCGCCACAAGUGCGUCACAUAUCGGGUCAACAUAUCAAGGAGUUUACGGACUUUCUCACCAAGCACACGGACACGUUCAAGGUCAUCGAUGACUUUGUCAUGCUCGUGGGCUGCGAGAAUAUGACUGACUUGCCGGCGCGGGAUCGACUGCACUUGCCGCAGUCCAACAUCGAUACGCGUGGCACGCAGCAAAUGCUCGACUUUUUUGCCCAGUGCAUUGAGAUUAAGGGACCGCUGCUGGUGGAUCAGCUGUUUCAUUUGCUGACCACCAACUUUCCGCAGGAUCAGUGGCUGCGCAUGUUCAAGACGCCGGGGGAUCUGAGCUCCUUCCUGAAGCUCUUUGGCGAUUGCUUUCACAUCCAAGCGAAUCUAGUCACGCUGCUGCAGAAGCCCAAGCUGAGUGACACGCACAUACAGCAGGCCCAGGCCCAGACCAGGGAACAAUUCAAUGCGCUGAACAACAAUAACAAUAACAAUAACAAUUCGAAUCCCAAUCGCAAGGUGGAUGUGGCUGGAGCUGCACUCAGCUCUGUGCAGCAGCGUUUGCAGUCUCCAUCGCUGCGCAGCAAUGGUUAUGCCAGCAGCAACAACAAUGCCAUUAGCAGUAGUCUGAGCAGCAGCAACAACAAUAACAAUAGCAUAGCAUCGCCCAAUUUCAAGCUGAAUGCACCCGUGUCGAAUGUGCUGGGACAGGGCUACGGACAGCCCAAAUCGGAGCCGAGUUCUGGCUUCGACAGCUAUGUGCCCAUGUCGGAGCUGAAGCUGGAAAACCUCUGCGAGAACAACUAUCCCAGUGGGAACAUAUGCUAUGGCCCCAUCGGAGGAGGAGCCGCACAUCAGCAGCAGCCACAACAGCCGACGCCUGCAGUUGUCACAACGAAUCCCACGGAGAGGGUGAACAGCGUCAACCAAACAUUGAAGCAGCGCAUAAACACUCUGGUCAUACGCACGCUGGCGGAGAACCUCGAAAAGGAUAACAAAUCGCUGGCCAAUCAAAGUUCACCGCACGCCAGUCCCUUGCAUUCCAGCAAUUCCACUUCCACUUCCACAUCCAACUUCAACUCCAGCAAUGCCAAUGCGAGCACAGCAAACAAUCCGAAUAGCAACUCCAGUGCCAGUGUCAGUGCCAGUGCCAGUGCCAACGCUAGCUCUAAUCCAACCCAAACCAAUGCCAAUCACUCCUCACCUAGUCACAGCUACUUUGUCGGCGACACGUGGAAGAUCAAGGUGCUGCAGAACACGACAGUCAUAGCGAAUGUAAAGCAAUCGGUGUUCGUCACCGACAUCCUACUCAAGUAUGCGGCCAAGAACGAGGGCAUUGUCGUCUCCCUCGACUGUGAGGGCAUCAAUCUGGGCCUGAAGGGCGAAAUCACGCUGAUCGAGAUUGGCACAGCCCGCGGCGAGGCCUUCCUCUUCGAUGUGCAAUCAUGCCCCGCCAUGGUCACGGAUGGCGGACUGAAGACCGUGCUGGAGCACGAGCAGGUCAUCAAAGUCAUCCACGACUGCCGGAACGAUGCGGCGAACUUGUAUCUGCAAUUUGGCAUCCUGCUGCGCAAUGUGUUUGACACACAGGCGGCGCACGCGAUUCUGCAGUACCAGGAGAACGGCAAGCAGGUCUACAAGGCCAAAUAUAUAUCGCUCAACUCGCUGUGCGAGCAAUACAAUGCGCCCUGCAAUCCCAUCAAGGAUCAGCUGAAGCAGAUCUACCGACGGGAUCAGAAAUUCUGGGCCAAGCGGCCGCUCACCCGCGAAAUGAUGCUGUAUGCGGCUGGCGAUGUUCUGGUUCUCAUUCACGAUCAACUCUUUGGCAGUUUGGCGCGUCAGAUUAAGCCGGAGAAUAGGCAACUCUUCUCGGAGCUGUGCACGGAGCAAAUCCUGCUGCAGAUCAAACCCAACGAGGUGAAGAUACGCAAGAAGCAGCGCAAAGUGAGCACCGAAGUGUCCGAUCUGAAGCUGAAACUGGCGCAGACCAGCAAGAGCAUUGUGCUCUCAAACCGUGAGAUUCGUUUGCUGCGGUACAUGGAUCUAACGGAGGACGAAAAGGAGCGCCUCAAGGGCUACUACAAGGUGGCCAAGAAGCUGGAGAAAAUGGAGUCGGCCGGCAAUCCCAGCAAAGAUCAAAGCGACUCGGAAGACGAGGCGGAAGCCAAUGAGAACGAAAUGUUUCCCAGCUUGGACUCUGUGCCAUCGGAUAAUUCCCUCUCGGGCACCUUUUCGCCACGCUUUAGCUCGGAGCCACCCAGCCUCACGGAAUCCAUGCAGAUGCUGGAGGAAAUAUUGCAGAACAAGUCAAUGGAUCGCAUUGCGCGCAUCGACAAGCUGGAGGCCAUACUGACGACUGCGACCACGCUGCCAUGUGAUCAGCAGCUACUGGCCAACAAUUCGAUACAGGAGCAGUUGGGUUCGAGCAUUGCGACUACAGAUAAUUUACAAAUUAUACGCGAAAAGUCCAGAAACAACAGAAAUUGCAACUGCCAAGGCGAGCGCAGUGUCACGCCCAUACUGCGCACAAUGGACAAGCGUGUAGUCAAGCUGGUGGAUGCCGAAUCGCAAACGCUGAGCACUGGCGAUGUGGUCAUCACCAAGAUCUUCUUCCAGGACGAGCACGAGCGGGCCAAGGAGACGGCAUUGCUGAGCAAUUCGCCCACAAAGCGUGUGGCCUCCACCACAUAAAUCUUCGAGCAAUGAUUCCUAACAAGCAAAUCAAAGCGCCGACGUAUAUAACGUAUUAUUAUUUAAAUGUUUUUAACUGUUGCGAGGAGAAAACAAAAACGACGACGAAGAUGAAGAUGAAGA